CCCUUCCAACCCAAAGGCACGGUUUGAUUGCGGGUGAUCCAGCCCAGGUCUCCGAUACGGAACGCCUUAAUCGAACCCCGAGUUAACAUACCGGCCGAAUCACGUUGCCCGCCUUCCCACAUAGAAGGGGAGACGACGGCGACGAAAUAGAGAGAGGUCUCUCCGGCCGGCGGCCACCAACGGGAGAUCAAGGAGGAGGGCCGCGGUGGCGGAGAGAAGAGAGAAAUGGGGAAGGGGUUCGCGAGUGCGGCGGCUGCGGUGGCGCUUCUGGUGUGGGCGAGCCGGCGGUACGGGUGGGACGGCGACGCGGCACUCCGGGCGUUCCGGGAUCUGUCGGAGAGUCUGGGGAUGUGGGCGAUCCCGCUCUACGUGGCGGCCCACACCGUGACCCUGGCUCUCUGCCUCCCCUAUGCCAUCUUCUUCGAGGCCGGCGCCGCCCUCCUCUUCGGCUUCUUCCCCGCCGUCCUCUGCGUAUUCUCCGCCAAGGUCCUCGGCGCUUCCCUCUCCUUCUGGAUCGGACGAGCAGUUUUCAGGAAUUCAAAAUCCGCAAUGGGAUGGGUGCAGAGAAGCAAAUACUUCAAUCUCCUUGCUAGAGGAGUUGAAUGUGAUGGCUGGAGAUUUGUACUCCUUGCUCGGUUCUCACCCUUGCCAUCAUAUGUCAUCAACUAUGCUCUGGCUGCCACGAAAGUUGGUUUUCUCAUCGAUUUCUUUCUUCCGACGGUUAUUGGCUGCCUACCUAUGAUUCUGCAGAAUACAUCCAUCGGCAGUCUUGCCGGUGCUGCUGUAGCUUCCUCCACUAGCUCUAAAAGAUCUCAGAUCUACUCUUAUCUUUUCCCUCUACUUGGAAUUGUAUCCAGUAUUCUCAUAUCUCUAAGAAUCAAAAAGUACUCCUCUGGGUUUGCUGUGGCCGAAGAUGUUAAUCAAUCUCUGUCCAGUGAGAACAGUGAUGAGGGUGAUAGUAUGCAGUCAUCAUCCGAUAAAAAAGACUCUGGCCAUGCAAUUAAAAGAAAAUGAUUGUUUUCUUUUUUGCUUAAUCUUUCAUUUUGGGGGAAAAUCUCCAUUCAGAUUUAUGAUUACCUAAAAUUUGAAAUCCAAAUUAAAAUCUGCUUGUGAUUAGACCACU